UUUGGAUCACAUUGAAAUACGUCACCAGCUGAUAAACACAAAAGGUUGGGGUGGACUUUUUGAGCCUGCGCGGGACCCUCACACAACGAGAGCAGACACACGACUGCACACGACUGACGAGUGUGAGCACAACUGGAGUGUUUUCGUUGGUUUUUGCGCGGGGGGGGGAGGUUACCUUGAGCAGCUCGUUGAUUAUUUGACUGGUGUAGAGUGAUAAAUCGGUGGUAUUUGGAGAUUUAUACUUUUUCGAAGACGUGGACACAAUUUUUUGAAGGAUUGACCCGAAAUAGUUUAUGUGAAGUAAAGAAACACGUAUAAAUCCAGCGAUAUCUCCCGUCUCAAUGAUACGAUUUGUAUGAAUCAAAAUUCAUUUUCAAGACUGAAAAAAUACCUUGAAAAUGAAAGAAAAGUCGGGGGAAUUCACUCUGCCAAUCUCGAGCAAUUCGUGAUUGAAAACUUGUUGUUUUGUCGGUCUGUUGAGGACUUUGAGGUUAAAUUCAAUGUUUUGGUUGUUUUUUUUUUUGGAGGGGGUGAAGACAGGUGGGGAUAACAUCAGGUGGAGAUAGGUCUCCUCUGACACGUACGAAAGUGCAUCAGACGUGAACUGGAGGCUUGGAGCUGGAGAAAUGGCGAGGUACUUCCGGGAACAGGAUAUCGAUGAGUUUCGUGAGUGCUUCUAUCUGUUCGCUCGCAGUGGGCAAAUCAAGACGCUGGAUGAGCUCACGAUUAUCAUGAGGUCCUUGGGGCUGAGUCCCACUAUUGCGGAGUUGAAUAAAUAUCUGAAGGACAAGAAUGGAAAGAUGUCAUUCGCCGAUUUCCUCGAGGUGAUGCACCUCCAGACACAAGCGGAGGACCUUCCCAGGGAGGUAAUCGAGGCAUUCCGGGCUGGUGAUGCCUCCAGAUGUGGGACAAUACCAGCCAGGCAAUUAGCGCACAUGCUCCUUAAUUGGGGCGAGCGAUUGAGCAACAAAGAAGUCGAGCAAAUAUUCCGAGAGGCCAAUGUCUCCCUCAAUGGUCACGUGAAGUACGAGGACUUCGUCAAGAUCGCCUGUGCACCAGUACCUGACUACUACUAACAAUAAACGAAGAAAAUUCUUCAUUCUCUCUCCAACAGAUUGAGAAUUGAUGGGCAAAGCCGGAGAAUUGAAAAUAUCAAGGGCCUGAUAACUUAUCAAACGUCAGACUAAAAAUUUAUACAAAAAAAAAUCUUUCUCUAUUCAACUGAAUUCAAAUAAAAAUAAUUAUAAUG